GGGCAACUCAGAGGUCCUCAGUAGAACCACAACCGAAACUUGAAAGUUUGAAGCUUGACGUUUGGAAGCUUGUCUUUGUACUUGUAUGUCUGUCAACGUUAGCGAUAAAGAUGGCCCUGCUGUUGUCAAAAGAAUGCCGGCUUUUCCUCUCUAUGGAAGGACAGCAGCGACAAGCACCUUACAGCUCACACACGCCUUCAAAAUGAGAACGGUUUGGGGGCGUGCGCUACCUUUGAAAAGCGGUGCGAUGUUCCACACAUUGAUGCUUCCAGCCUUCAUGAACUGACCCAAUGAGAUCUCCAGGAAGAAGAUGGGGACUCCGCCCACAAAGACAAUCAACAGGCUCAGCUGCUGGAGUUGAGGACACAUAAUUAUCAGCUGUCCGAUGAUCUGAGGAAGAACUCGGCUGAGCUGAGCGCCUUGCGUAACAAGAAUGUGGUGCUGGAAAGAGAUUUUGCUAAAGCACAGAAGGCUCUGAGUAAGAGCAAACGAGCCCAGGAAGUGGAAGCACUGCUGAGCGAGAAUGAGAUGCUACAGGGUAAACUUCACAGCCAGGAAGAAGACUUUCGACUGCAGAACAGCACGCUUAUGGCUGAACUCUCCAAGUUGUGUGCCCAGAUUGAGCAGCUCGAACGGGAAAACCAGCAUCUAAAACAAGAGGGCGUGGCCACAGCUUCCCAAGGCAGCACUGACCCCGCCCCCAGUCCCGCUGAUGAAGAGCUGCUCCGCCUCCAGGCAGAGAACACCACUCUUCAGAAGCAAGUGCGAACCUUGCAGGAGCACUUUGAUCAGCAGAGAGCAGAGAGUGCUACCGCAAGGACAGACGGCUCAGCCAAUGGAGUGUGUAACGUUGAAUUGAAAGGGGAGGAGCUAGCAGCAGCAGAGGGAUCCAAUGUAAUUGUACAGCAGACAGAAGCUCAGCAGGGACAAAGGAAUUUACAUGGCCUGUCAGAGAAGAGCGUAGAGGAGAUUGUAGCUAAGCACUCAGCGCUAGGCUGGUCGGCUGCUCUGUGUCCAUUAACUCACUGCUUUGGGGCAGAGCUGGAGGUCGCCCUGAACAACCAACACGAGGAGAAGAGGCUGCUGAGGGAGCAGCUGCGCCACCUGGAGGCGUCCAAACAGGCCGAAAUCUCCAAACUGCUGGACGACGUCUCUAAGCUUUCUGACAAGUUAAAAAAGAAACAAGAGAGUUUCCAGCGUCUUCAGGCAGAGAAGGAAGUUCUGUACAAUGACAGUAGGACAAAAAUCGAGGAGAUCAACCAGAGGAGAGACGAAGAAGCAAAGGCGACCAACGCACGCGUCCACAAGCUUCAGUCUGACCUGACGGCAGCCAAUCAAACUCUGUCGGAGUUGAGAGAAAAGCUGCAGACCGACGACAAGGAACACCAGUUGGCUGUGAACGCUCUCAAAGAGCAGGUAGCAAGUCAGAGUGCAGUCAGUCAGGAGCAGGUGGACAACAUUCUGCAGGAGAAUGAUGCUCUGAGGACUAACCUAGCUGCACUAGAACAGAUUCAGACAAGCAAGAUGCAGGAGGUCAGUCUGUUGCGUGAGCAGCAGGAGGCGCGAGCGGCCGAACUGCAGCAGAGUCAAGCGGAGCAAGAGAAGCUUCUGGCCCAGAGAGAUGACUUGGACUCACAGCUUCAGGAGUCCAGUUUUGCAAAUAGGAAAUUGUUGGAGCAGUUAACAGAAGAAGGACAAGAGAAGGAUAAGCUCCUGAGAGAGCUGGAUGAGACCAAGAAGAUAGCAGAGAAGAGGAAGGCCAUGCUGGACGACAUGGCCAUACAGCUCAACCAAGAGAAGUCUGACCACAAGGAGGCGCUGUCGGACCUCAAACUGCAGCACGAGAAGGAGGUCCUCGGUGUGAGGGCACGCUAUGAAAAAGAGCUACGAGGUCUUCAUGAGGAGAAGAAUCGCUCCGAGGAGGAGAUCCGGCAGCAGCUCCGGGACGAGAAGGCUCGUAGCAAAGACCUGGAGAGUCUUCAGAUGAAAGUGGAAGAAUUCCAUGCUCAACUUCAGUCCAUGGAAGGAACCAAAGGAUGGUUUGAGCGACAACUCAACGAGGCCCAGGAGAACAUGGAGAAGAUGACUGUGGAGCAUCAACAAGCUAUCAAAGUUCUACAAGACCAACACACACUUGAUCUGCAGGCCAAGCAGGUUGAGUUAGAAUCAGUCCACCAGCAGAUGCUGGAGAUCCAAAAGCAAAGAGACGAACACAAUGAGACCAUCGGCAAACUCAAACAGGAAAUCAAAGACACUGUGGAUGGACAGAGGAUUCUGGAGAAGAAAGGAAGUGCAGCGCUGAAGGACCUAAAGCGACAGUUGCAAUUGGAGAGGAAGCGAGCAGACAAACUUCAGGAAAGACUUCAAGAGAUUUUGACCAACAGCAAAACCAGAACAGGCCUGGAGGAGCUAGUUCUAUCUGAGAUCAACAGUCCAAGUCGAAAUCAGCAGACAGGAGACUCGUCCUCUGUGUCGUCUUUCUCCUACAGAGACAUGAUGAAGGAGAACCAGAGUGCUAAUCAGAGCAAGUCAGGAGGAGGAAGUCCUCAGUGUCAGCGUGCCGCCGACCUUUCUGACGACGAGCUGGGAGAAUUAUUCCAGAGGCUGGCUGAGGUCCAGCAGGAGAAGUGGAUGCUGGAGGAGAAGGUGAAGCAUCUGGAAGUAAGCUGCUCGUCCAUGGCUGAGGACAUCUGCAGGAAGAGCGCCAUCAUAGAGACAUACGUCAUGGAUAGCCGCAUUGACGUGUCAGGCGGUGCUGUCGGGGGUCACGGAGCUUCUCAGGUUGACCGAGGAGGUCUGGGGUCUGUGUUGAGGGACUUGGUCAAGUCCGGAGACGAGAACGUGCGUGAGAUGAACAAGAAGCUGCAGAACAUGCUGGAAGAGCAGCUGACCAAGAACAUGCACCUGCAGAAGGACCUGGAGGUUUUGUCCCAGGAAUUAGUCCGUCUCAGCAAAGAACACGGUCCUGAUGGGAGUUCAUCUUGCUCGGGGUGAGACCCUUCCGUAUCAUUCACCUCAAGCCGAAAGACUGGGCUCAGACUAACACCUGGGACCGACUUCUUGUGAGACUUUUUCAUGGUCCUUGACUACUGUCUGGAUUGUUCUUGUCCUUAUCCCAGGCUGUGUUUAAGUGCUGGAAUGUGCCCAUCCAUCCAUAGCAUGCGGGGAAUGGAAAUCUUCUUAAUAAUGAAUGUACUGUAAUUAAACCAUACAUUUAUUGUUAAUCUCCACCUGGGCCCGGCCACAGCCUGACAAAUGCGAAAUGCAUUGAAAUGGAACACUUGAGCUCUCAUUGCGCACCUAAUCCUCAUUUACCCCCCCACGGACCCACCCCACCCCCCUUUCCUCCCAACAAACCAGGAAGCCUAUUUGAGGGUGUAUCCACUCAUGCCUUCAUACUAUGUCUAUAUCCUGGGCAUAGUUCCCAGUUAACAUGCUGGGUCCGGACUACUUCUUGGAGCAUCUGUCUCAGUCGAAUGUGAGUGAAAUAUAUUUAAAAGAUAUCAUUUUUAUUAUGUUUGUGACUUUUUGGCGAAUUGAAGAGAAAUGAAUCAUCUCGUCUGUCUUGGAAAUCUGUGUCUAUGUCCUGCUUCCUCUGUCGGAUUAUUUAUAAAAGCAGACACUACUUAAGACGCCCUCGACUACGUCCUGGGAUGCUCCCUUCUCCGGCUUCCCGUUUGAGGGCUUGGGUAUGUCCUGGCAGUGUGAUGAUUGAUUGUGAGGUUAGAUGUUCCGUGCAGGAGUCAACAAAAACAACAAUGUAACUGAUCAAUUGGCUAAUUGAAAUUGAAGAAAAUGUUGUUAUAAAUAAUAUUUAAAAAAAAAAAACCUAGAAUGUAAAGAGAUGCUUUUUAUCGUGAAGCCAAAUAAACAUCCUGAAAUGGAACAUUGGUAUCAUGAC